GAUUUCUAUGAAUAAUUCUUACAAGUAGCGAUACGUAUUUCAUUCAAUCAACACUACCUAUUACAAUAAUAUUUCUCAAAAAAAAAACUCGAGCAAACUAAUUAUUUCAUUAAUUAAUUGAAAAUCAUUGAAUAAUAACUUUUUAAAAUAAAAAAAAUUAAAAAAUUAAAAAUAUUAAAUUAGCGCGCCCUACUUUCGACCUUUUUAGUGAAUCGAUAUAUAUCGAACUUACAAAAGUAGUCUGCUGCAACUGAGCGAGUGAAACACAUCUUCCAGGCAAACAACUCUUCAAGUUGUUAGUUAAUAAAAAAUAAUUCCCGAUUAAAAACGAAAAAUGACCAACUCCAAAGGUUACCGUCGUGGAACGAGGGAUCUCUUUUCCAGGAGAUUCCGCAAAAGGGGUACUCUCCACCUCUCCACUUACAUGCGAGUCUACAAAGUUGGAGAUAUUGUUGAUAUCAAGGGUGAUGGUGCAAUCCAGAAGGGUAUGCCAUACAAAGACUAUCAUGGAAAAACAGGUCGUGUCUUUAAUGUGACACAGCAUGCUCUUGGCAUUAUUGUCAACAAGAGAGUUCGAGGCAAGAUCCUACCAAAAAGAAUUAAUGUUCGUAUUGAGCAUGUAAAACAUAGCAAGUGCAGAGAUGAUUUCUUGAGAAGAGUCAAGGAAAAUGAAAAGUUGAGAUUGGAAGCAAAACAAAACAAAACUAAAGUUAAUCUAAAAAGACAACCAGCUCAGCCCAGACCAGCACACAUUGUAAAAGGAAAGGGCGAACCACAGAUGCUUGCUCCAAUUCCUUAUGAAUUUAUCGCAUAAGCUUGUGAAUAUAGUGACUAUAUUUUUUAAGCGUAUUAAAUUUAAAAAAAUAAGAUUGUUGCAUUUAAUUCAUUUCAUAUUUCUUAAUAUUUUUUUUACAUUUGAUUUAUUAUAGUUUUAUUUUGAAAUGGAUACCUUUUGCCUAAUCUUAAUUCACUUAUUUUAUGUUGAACUGAAAUAAUCAAUUGCAUUUUACUAUAUAUCCACAAAAUAAUAGCAAUUGACUGAUAAAAUUAUUUCAUUUAUGUCAAAUUACAGAUUACGUUUCCAAAUAAAAAUUUGAUGUUGUCAA